UUUUUUUAUUUCUUUUUUUAUUGUAGGACAGGUCCUUCCGAUGAAUCGGUCCAGUCUGAAUGGACCGGUGCGCAUACUGGUUUGACCACCAUCCAGUUCUGAUAACACUGGCACAAACUUCUAACUUUUGACCUCUCUAACUCAAACCAGGAGCCAUUCUGACAUACCAGAUCUCUAUGUUGCCUGGUGCUAAAAUUUUUCAAGAGGACUGUACACUGCGAUAGAGUCAUACCCUGUAACAGUUAUAUCAUAAUUAUCUAUCUUUGCAAAUUACAAAGGCUUAAAUCAUUCUCUUUCUCAUGGAAUAGAAAAUCUUAUUAUUUCAGACAUUACUCCUCUUAUGGUGUUAUACAAUCAGGAUCAUGCAAUGGGGAGAAGACCGUCGCUUUGAUGAAAUACGUAGUAAUUUGGGGAGACUGACUGUUUUCUGGAUACUCCAGGCUUUUUGGGUUUGGACUGUAAGCCUACCUGUAACAAUCGUGAAUGCCAGCAAUCGAAGACCAUGUCCCACUGCUGCAGAUGCUAUUGGGUGUUUAUUGUGGUUUGCGGGCAUUACAGCUGAGGCGAUAGCAGACCGACAAAAACUGUACUUUAAGAACUCUCCUGAUAACAGAGGAAAAUGGUGUGAUAUCGGUCUCUGGAAAUUUUCACGCCAUCCCAACUACUUUGGUGAGAUUCUACUUUGGUGGGGUAUCUAUGUGAUAUCUGUUCCUGUGAUAGAUGGAGCUGAAAAUCUUGUAGUUGUAGGACCAAUCUUCCUAACUUUUCUGCUCCUCUUCUUCAGUGGCAUCCCAUUGCUUGAGGAUUCAGCUGAUAAGCGUUUUGGCAGCAUAGAAGAAUAUCGUCAAUAUAAAAGGAUUACAAGGCCCCUCAUUCCUUGACCACCAUUCAUAUAUGGGAAUUUGCCAGCAUGGUUUAAUAGAUAUUUCCUCUUGGAGUUUCAUCUCUACAGUAGGAAUCUUCCUAUGGAUGAUAUAUCUGAUAGUGAUAGAAAAGCUCGCUAAACCAUUGGAGGAUUGAGUGUUUGCUUGUGAUGGUUACGUGCUCGCUGUGUCUUCAUGUUGGCUUCAACCAAGAAACAUGGGAGCAAAGGCAGUUAUUGCUAUGCUCAUGGAGGUUGCUUUUGUAUGUAUAGUUGAAUGAAAAAUUCUAUUACAUCUGGAUUUGCUAGUCGUUUUAAUUAUUAUGUGUAAUAUUUACAGGU